AUGGCAGCUCAAGGAACGACCAAACUUUUCACACCAGCCAAAGUUGGCAAUGUCGAGCUUAAGCACCGAGUGGUGCUGGCUCCUCUGACACGUCGACGUGCAGACGAGGCAACCGCAGUCCCGCCUGACUAUGCUGCCGAAUACUAUGCUCAACGCUCCUCAGAUGGCGGACUUCUUGUCUCUGAGGGUACUUUUAUCGCUCAUGAAGCUGGCGGUAUGUCUCGUGUACCAGGGAUUUAUUCGCCUGAGCAGAUUGCGUCAUGGAAGGCCAUUACCGAUGCCGUUCACGCCAAAGGAGGCUAUAUCUUCUGUCAACUCUGGGCCCUAGGUCGAGUCGCGAACCCCAAGAUUGUGCCCAAUGUCUGGAGUGCCGGCUCAAAGCCCUUCAAUGUUAAGGGCACUGGGUCUUCGGAGCCUCCUCCCAAGUUUACCACUAUGACUGAAGCCGAUAUUGACCGAUUUGUGGGACACUAUCGACAGGCUGCGCUGAAUGCCAUCGAAGCUGGAUUCGAUGGUGUUGAACUUCAUGGCGCCAAUGGAUAUCUUAUUGAUCAAUUCCUUCAAACCAACAGCAACGACCGAACAGACUCUUACGGAGGCAGUCUCGAAAACCGAUUCCGCUUCCCCUUGAGAGUCCUCAACGCUGUCUGCGAUGCUAUAGGCCCUGAGCGCGUCGGCAUUCGAAUGUCGCCCUUCUCUCGCUUCCAAGGCAUGCGUGAGGCUGAUCCCCUUUCCGUUUUUGUACCUUGGGCAAAGGCUAUUGUCAAGGCUCAGCCAUCUCUGGCGUUUAUCCACGCUGUCGAGCCACGAAUUGAAGGAGGAAGUGACUCGCCCGACAAUGUCCCAAAGGCAAAUGAUACUCUUGAACCCAUCCGAGAGGUUGUCAACAGCACGGGAGUCAAGUUCAUCGUCGCAGGAGGAUUUACUCCCGAAACUGCUAUCAAGCACGCAAGCCAGACAGACGAUCUGGUAGGCUUUGGACGUUACUUUAUUCCCAACCCGGAUUUACCGGCGCGAAUUCAGAAUGGUUGGCCGUUGACCAAGUAUGAUCGCUCGCUCUUUUAUACACCCGAUACAAAGGGAUAUACGGAUUAUCCGCCUUACAGCCCUACAGCAUCUAGACUCUGA